UUUCCCCCUUAGGGGUUUAUAGGUUUAUAUGUGUGCGCAUGGGGGUGGGGAGCGGCUUGGUGCCGGACGCCCCCACCCGCAGAGACUGGGCUAUAAAUAGCACAGAAGAGCUCCGCCCCCCUUCUCUCCUCCGGAGCCGGCGCUGUGCCCGGGGCGCACCGGGAGGAGGGACCAGGAUCCAGCGCUGGGGCGCAGAUACUGACACCAAGGGAAUCCGGGUACCCCCCCACGCCAUGUGGGCCCCCAGGUACCCGGCUCCUCCAACCCAGAGGCCCCCAUGGCCCCGGCCUCAAUCCUGGCCAGGCAGAGAUUAUGCGGACAUUCAGGGAUAGGCUUCACUACCGAGACUUUAGGCCUCUCCCAACCACCACCCCCAUACUCCUAGAUAUCUUCGGCAGGUCCCAGUCCCGGCUCCAUCGGUGUUUUUGCUCGAGCCGCAGCUAUGCUGCACACCGAGGGCCACGCUCUUCUUCGGGCUGUGGGACAGGGUAAGCUACGCUUGGCCCGUUUGCUUCUGGAGGGAGGAGCCUACGUGAAUGAGGGUGAUGCCCAGGGGGAGACUGCGCUAAUGGCGGCCUGUAGGGCCCGUUACGACGACCCUCAGAACAAGGCGCGCAUGGUACGCUAUCUCUUGGAGCAAGGCGCGGAUCCCAACAUCGCAGACCGUUUAGGACGUACCGCGCUGAUGCAUGCUUGCGCCGGGGGUGGGGGAGCCGCAGUGGCCUCUCUGCUCCUUGCCCACGGCGCAGACCCCUCAGUUCGAGACCACGCUGGCGCCUCGGCGCUUGUCCACGCCCUGGACCGGGGGGACCGCGAGACCCUUGCCACACUGCUGGACGCCUGCAAGGCCAAGGGCACGGAGGUCAUCAUCAUAACCACGGAUACCUCGCCCUCGGGCACCAAGAAGACCAGGCAGUAUCUUAACUCCCCACCGUCCCCGGGGGUAGAGGACCCUGCACCCGCUCCUCCUAGUCCAGGGGUCUGCACAUCGCCUUCAGAAGUCCAACUGCAGACUGCAGGAGGAGGACGCGGGUUGUUAUCCCCUCGCGCCCAGGAAGAAGAGGAGAAAAGAGACAUUUUUGAAUUUCCUCUUCCCAAGCCCCCUGAUGACCCUUCCCCUUCCGAGCCUCUCCCCAAGCCACCUCGGCAUCCUCCAAAACCACUCAAAAGGCUCAAUUCCGAGCCCUGGGGCCUUGUGGCUCCUCCUCAACCGGUCCCUCCUGCAGAAGGGAGGCCCGGUUUGGAGCGUCUGGCUGCUGAAUUCAAUGGCUUGACCCUGACCGGGAGACCGCGUCUUUCUCGGCGUCACAGCACCGAAGGCCCGGAGGACCCGCCCCCAUGGGCGGAGAAAGUGACGGGUGGGGGUCCUCUCUCGCGCCGAAACACUGCGCCCGAGGCUCAGGAGUCUGGUCUUCCUUCAGGGCUAAGGCAAAAACUGAGCCGCAUGGAGCCAGUGGAGCUCGACACCCCUGGACAUUUUUGCCCUGACUCCCCCGAGUCCAGCCGGUUAUCCCUGGAGCGCCGGCGAUACAGCGCCUCUCCGCUGACCCUCCCUCCAGCGGGCUCAAUUUCCUCCCCACGCCAGUCCCAGGAAAGUCUGCCAGGGGCUGUAUCCCCGCUGAGCGGACGGAGGCGGAGUCCAGGGCUGUUAGAAAGAAGGGGAUCCGGGACCUUGCUCCUGGACCACAUCUCGCAAACACGACCGGGUUUCUUGCCUCCUCUCAACGUCAGUCCCCACCCUCCCAUCCCCGACAUUCGUCCCCAACCCGGAGGUCGGGCACCCUCACUGCCUGCCCCUCCAUCCUCUGGGGCACCUGGGUCUCCCAGGACCAAGCGCAAGUUGGUGAGACGCCACUCCAUGCAGACUGAGCAGAUUCGCCUGCUAGGGGGGUUUCAGAGUCUAGGCGGGCCUGGGGAACCCGGGCGCUGAAGGAAAUGAGGGGCGCCAAGGAGGGGGAGGGUCAGUACCCUGAUAGAGGGAGAACCAGCUGAUACCUCGGACACGGGAUCUCUUGCAUGUGCUCCUGGCACUGUGCACGCACACAUGGGUAAGCAUGUGUCUGUCCACAAGUACAGUACACUUACUAACGAGAAGGAUAAAUACUGUGUUUACCGGGUGUGUAGACCCACGCAAUCGUGCCCUGGUCAUGUCACAAGUACAUGGGAUUACUUGGGGACCCAUAGGCACAGCACACCAACAGAGGACCACUUGUGCUAGGGUCCCAGACUCACAUUUGUUCCGAAGCAGCAGGGAGCCCCCACUCAUGGUUGGUCUCCUGUAUCUUUGCCCCUCCUGAAGAACCCUUGCUUUCCCUGUGUGCCCUGCAGCGUGGCUUAGCAUCCCCUCGCACAGUCUGCUUUCUCUUCAUGACUAUCUCACCCCAUUCUGCAGGCCUUGCUUCUUCAUGCCUGGCUCCUUGUUCACACCCUGCUCCCAUCCGCUUUUCAGGAUGUCUUCUUCACUGUUCUUGGGGUUCCCGAAGCAGCUCCCAAUCUCACUUCUGUUGCUGCCUUCCAUGCUCUCCACUUCUCAGUUUCCUGCUUUUUAUUCCCUCCCUGUGCCCCCCCCCCAACACAUAUACCACUCCAGAUUGUCGUUUACCCCAGGGGUAGGUCAUGGGCUCAAAGUUGCUCUUCUGUGUGUCUGAGCUUAUGAACAACCCCCCACAGGUAGAAGUGGGGAGCAAGCCUAAGUCAGUCCUCUUACCACUUGACAUGUCAAAUAAAUGUGUUCAGAAGU